AAGUUCAAGAAAAGAAGUGCAAUAUACUAAUAUAUUUGAUUAUGGCAUCGGCAAUUGAAAUUUUGGGAAAACAGGCAAUGAAAACAUUUUGUGAUCGUCGGCUUUGUCAAAAAAGCUUAGACAAAUUGUGGAACCUGAUAAAUAAGAUAACAGCCGAGGACGUAAAACUCGAUAAAAAUAUUCUUGAUUUUGUCAGUAAACAACCGGCACCUAUGUGUGUGAUGGAUAUAUUUGAGAACAAGGACAUAACAAUUGCAAUUUUCAUAUUAAAACAUGGAGUCAAGAUGCCAAUGCAUGAUCAUCCUGAAAUGCAUGGUUUGUUAAAGGUAAUCAGUGGUAUGGUAGAAUUAAGCAGCUACAGUUUGAAGACAAAGAGUAAUCAUGUAAUUAAAGCCAAGGAAGAGAUUGCGGCAGUUAAGCAUCGACCUGUCUGUCUUCAUAGCAAUUCACCUGCUUGCAUUUUAACACCAACAGAAAAAAAUCUUCAUGAAAUUUCAUGUGUGGAAGGUCCUGCAGCUUUUCUAGACAUACUCAGUCCACCAUACGACAAUGAGUUUGGCAACGGAACAAGACCGUGUACAUUCUUCAAGACAGUCAAGUCUAAGUUAUAUACAGAAUCGGCAGAUAUAAUCGAAGAAGUGCAAUUAUCAGUUGUAGAGAAUAUAUCAGACUUUUAUUCUUUGAAUCUAGACUAUAUGGGACCUCCCUUACAAAAUUAUUAUAAUUAAGAUAUUUUUUACAUCUUAAUUUGUGAAUUUUGUAUUUGCAAUACAUGAUCAUAUAGAUUUUUACAUAAUCUUUAUGACACAAACA